CAUAUAUAUAAAGACAUGCCUCCGCUCUGGUUAUUUAGUUAUGCGACAAAAACAAAACAGACCGCAUAGAAUAGAUGCAACAAACCAAGUGUAUAGAAACUUUAUUCCUUGGCGCAGCAAAAAAAAAAAAAGGGAUAGAGUCUCCGUUGAUUCAGGUAGCUCAGCGUCCUCUGAGAUGAAACGAUUGUUGUUGUUUGUUUGUUGAUUUUAGUUUUUAGUUUAGUGGAAGAUGAUCGGUAAUAGCGUCUACAUCUCACCGUCACCGUCACCGUCCGACCACUCUCUCUCGCCCAACCCUAAUCUCUGCAUCUCGGCGAUGGAAGAGCAGCUGGUUGUUGAUGAUGAUGAUGAUGACCUUGCUCCUCCUCCAAUCCCUGAUCUCGAUAUUGACCUUGAAGAUGAUGAUGACGCCUGUUGUCACGGCUUGCUUCAUAUCGCACCUAAUCACGAAGAAGAAACUGGAUGCGACGAAAACGCUUUUGCUAAUGAAAAGUGUUUGAUGGCUCCUCCUCCUACUCCUGGAAUGGAGUUCGAGUCCUACGAUGAUGCUUACAGUUUCUACAACUCAUACGCCCGUGAGCUCGGUUUUGCUAUCCGCGUCAAGUCCUCCUGGACUAAGCGUAACAGCAAGGAGAAACGUGGUGCUGUCUUGUGUUGCAACUGCCAAGGUUUCAAGCUGCUUAAAGAUGCUCACUCCCGGAGAAAGGAGACCCGCACCGGCUGCCAGGCCAUGAUUCGCCUUCGACUCAUCCACUUUGAUCGAUGGAAAGUUGAUCAAGUCAAACUCGACCACAACCACUCCUUUGAUCCUCAACGUGCCCACAAUUCCAAGUCUCACAAGAAAUCCUCCUCCUCAGCUUCUCCUGCAACUAAGACAAAUCCCGAACCACCUCCCCAUGUCCAAGUCCGGACUAUCAAAUUGUAUCGAACCCUUGCCCUUGACACACCACCCGCUCUUGGAACUUCACUCUCUAGCGGGGAGACCAGCGAUCUCAGCCUUGAUCACUUCCAAUCUUCAAGGCGCUUGGAGCUCAGAGGGGGUUUCAGGGCCUUGCAGGAUUUCUUCUUCCAAAUUCAGCUUUCCAGCCCCAACUUUCUUUACCUCAUGGACCUUGCCGACGACGGGAGUCUCAGGAAUGUCUUUUGGAUUGACGCUCGAGCUAGGGCUGCAUACUCUCACUUUGGCGACGUUCUUCUGUUCGACACCACUUGUUUAUCUAACGCAUACGAGCUUCCCCUUGUGGCCUUUGUUGGAAUUAACCACCAUGGAGAUACAAUCUUGCUCGGCUGUGGUUUGCUUGCUGAUCAGAGCUUUGAGACCUAUGUCUGGCUCUUCAGAGCGUGGCUAACCUGCAUGUUAGGCCGUCCCCCACAGAUCUUUAUCACGGAACAGUGCAAGGCAAUGCGGACCGCUGUCUCUGAAGUUUUUCCAAGGGCUCAUCAUCGUCUUAGCUUGACCCACGUCCUGCACAACAUCUGUCAGAGUGUUGUCCAACUACAAGAUUCUGACUUGUUCCCUAUGGCACUUAACAGAGUAGUCUACGGUUGUCUCAAGGUCGAAGAAUUUGAAACAGCUUGGGAAGAGAUGAUCAUUCGCUUUGGGAUGACAAAUAACGAGACCAUCAGGGACAUGUUUCAAGAUCGAGAACUCUGGGCUCCAGUUUACCUCAAGGAUACAUUUUUGGCCGGGGCGCUGACUUUUCCACUGGGAAAUGUGGCAGCCCCGUUCAUCUUCAGUGGCUAUGUUCAUGAGAACACAUCCCUGAGAGAAUUCCUUGAAGGGUACGAAUCUUUUCUGGAUAAAAAGUACACAAGAGAAGCCUUGUGCGACUCAGAGUCCUUAAAGUUGAUCCCCAAGCUCAAAACAACGCACCCCUACGAGUCCCAGAUGGCAAAGGUCUUCACAAUGGAGAUAUUUAGAAGGUUCCAAGACGAGGUCUCAGCAAUGUCUUCAUGUUUUGGAGUAACGCAAGUCCACUCAAACGGGUCGGCCUCCUCGUACGUAGUGAAAGAGAGGGAGGGAGACAAAGUGAGAGACUUUGAGGUCAUCUACGAGACAAGUGCAGCAGCACAAGUACGUUGCUUCUGUGUCUGUGGGGGUUUCAGCUUCAAUGGGUACCAAUGCAGACACGUGCUCCUCCUACUCAGCCACAACGGCUUGCAGGAAGUCCCGCCUCAGUAUAUACUGCAACGGUGGCGGAAGGACGUGAAACGUCUCUAUGUGGCGGAAUUUGGGUCAGGUCGUGUGGACAUAAUGAAUCCGGAUCAAUGGUAUGAGCAUUUGCACAGAAGAGCGAUGCAGGUUGUUGAACAAGGGAUGAGAUCGAAAGAGCAUUGCAGAGCUGCCUGGGAAGCGUUUAGAGAGUGUGCCAAUAAGGUCCAAUUUGUGACAGAGAAGCCUUCAUAGAUACUUACUUACACUGUCUUUGUACGAGAGCUGAUUAGAAUCUGUAAUCAUAUUAUACAGGUUCUACUACCAGUAAUUAACUAGGAUGGAUUAGAGCAAAUCUUGUACUGUAGUAGAUCCCAGUGUUGCAAUUGUGGUUAUUUUACAGGUUCCCGAAAAUAUGACAUUUUCAAAAUUUCUUGUACAAAUGAAAUUAUUU